CCAGCUCUACGAGAAAGUGAGACGUUUUAAUUGUUGUCUCGUCUCUGCGCGCUGUAAUUUUCGUUAAUUUGUCCCUCGAAUCGCGUAAAUCGGCAAAAUACGCUAAUUAGGGCCAGUGCUCUACUUGUGUGGCUGUCGAUUGACGAGGAUGCGACUCGUUCCCUAAUCCUUGAUUGCUCGGAAUUAGGUUCUCAAGAGCCGUCCUCGAAAGUCGCGAAUCGAAAUCUCCAGCCAGGAAAGCAAAGCAGCAGCAACAGGCCAACAAAAUAAUUCGCAGGCCGCAAUUAGCGAAAUAGCCAACAGUGCAAGUGCUGCGUGCGUGUUUCAUGUGUUUCGUUGUCUGGUCAAGAUGCGCGCCACCAUUGAGUUCGAGGAGUGCCUGAAGGAUUCUCCCCGCUUCAGACAAUUUGUGUCCAAGGAGGAGAGCGACAUCGAGCACUUGGAGCAGCGACUGGAGAAAAUCAUCAAGCUGUGCAAUGUAGCCGUGGACUCGGGCAAGGAGUAUGUCAAAAAUCAGAGCGCCUUUGCCAUGUCCUUGUGGGAUUUGCAGCAUCACUUUCUCGACAACAAGAAUGCGCACAAUGCGCUAGGCAAGCUGAUUCACUGCUUUCAGGAGAUGAACAAGUUCCACACCAUUCUGUUGGACCAGGCUAGUCGCACGGUACUCAAAAAUCUCAGUGUGUUUGUCAAGGACGACAUCAACCAGGUGAAGGACUACAAGGGGCAUUUCCUCAAGGUUUCCGAGGGCUAUGACAAUGCGUUGAUUAAGAACGCACAGGCCAGUAAAAACCGACCGCAGGAGAUGCAAGAGGCUGCCAAUAUCCUUUCCGCCUCGAAAUCGUGCUUCCAACACACCGCUCUGGAUUAUGUCAACUAUAUUACGCUUGUGCAGGCUCGCAAGGUUCCUUCCAUAUUGUCAACGCUAUUGGACUACUAUCAGGCGUGCGUGACCUACUACCACCAGGGCUUCGACCUGUGCAACGACUUCGACGAGUUCUUCAAGAACAUCAGCGAGGAUUUGAAUGCUCUGCGCGGGGACUACCAGCAGCUGGAGAAGGCCAUGCAGAACCGACACAUGAGCGUUAAUCGCUACUGCGACUCGAACACUAACAGCACUUCCAACAAGAUCGAGGGGUAUCUUUUCAAGAAGAAGUCCAAGGGUUUCAAAACCUGGUGCCGUCGUUGGUUCUACCUCAGCGACAACCAGCUCGUAUACAGUGAUUUGGAUUCGCAUUGCAGAAAACGCAGCAACGAGGACUCGUUCUCGGUCAUGGAGGAGGACCUGCGCAUCUGCAGCGUGCGUCCGGUGAACGAGGGCGAUCGCCGCUUCUGCUUUGAGGUCAUCUCACCAACCAAAUCCCACAUCCUGCAGGCAGACUCCGCGGAUAUGCUUUCCCUUUGGAUCUCCGCGCUGCAGCAUAGUAUUGGUGCAGCCAUCCAGCAUGACUCCACGCACCACUCGCGACCGCAGUCGACGAACACACCCAACAACGCUCUGCCCGCCAAGCGUAAAAUCCACUGGGAGGAGUUCCUUAAGAUACCGGGCAACGCUUAUUGCUGCGACUGCAGGAGUCCCGAACCGCGAUGGGCCUCCAUUAACCUGGGCAUCACGCUGUGCAUCGAGUGCUCAGGCGUGCAUCGCAGCCUUGGUGUCCACUACAGCAAGGUGCGCUCGCUAACGCUGGAUGCCUGGGAAACGGAAAACGUAAAGGUGAUGAUGGAGCUGGGCAACGAGGUAGUAAACCGUAUCUAUGAGGCACGCAUCGGUGAUGAUUGUAGUCUGAAGAAGCCCACCGAGCAGUGCGAGAUCGGUGUGCGUGAAGCCUGGAUCAAGGCGAAAUAUGUGGAACGGCGGUUCGUUUGCGGCAUGCCCAAACCACAAGAGCUGCUGGCCAGCGAGACGGCCGAAGUGCUGAGCAUAGACAGUGGCGGAGUGGUUGAAGACGGGGAAAGUGGCGGAAGUGGCAUCGCUAAGAGGGCUACAUUAUCACUAGGCGGCACCCGCAAGUGGGCGGUAAAGAAGCUUCGACGAAGGCAAAAGCUGCGUCCCCUGCCGAAAACGCUGAGCGACGACCCGAGCAUCUAUAACACAGCCAAGACGGGCGACGAGCUGGACGAUGAUGAUGAAUCCAUCAACAUUCCCUCUAUGUCACUGAGCAUCUCGCGUGACGAUCUGCUGGUGAUCGGCGACGAUCUGGAACUGGAUAGACUGGAGACGCCCGGCAUUCUGGGCAGCGAUCAGGAGAGCACCGAUGGCGAGUCGGAUGUAGAGUCACCGGAGGAGCUGCCCUUCUCCCAGCUCGACGCCAACCAGUUGCUUUACAUGGCCUCGGUGGUGCACAAUCUGCCCGUGAUGUGCAUGGCCUUCGCUUUGGGCGCUGACAAAGUGUGGAAGAAUCCCCAGGACCGGCAAAGAUCAUUCCUGCAUCAGGCCGUAAUCUCUGGCUCCGUGAUGGCCUGCGAGUUCUUGCUGCUAAAUGGUGCCGCCAUCGAUGCGGUGGACGAGCUGGGAUAUAGCGCCCUUCACAUAUCCACGGCCAAGGGACACAUUGCCCAAGUGUAUCUGCUGCUCAAGCAUAAGGCUGCUUACGAUCUGGCAUCCAGUGAUGGCAAAAAGGCGCUGGACAUUGCGGUGGAUCAAGAAAACGCUGAUAUUGUAACACUACUUCGAUUGACACAACUGAACGACGAGAUUGGUCCCAACGACGAGUAUAACGGGGAAGAUGAGACUUACAAGAACGUGAUGAAAGACUUUUCUAAAUUGCCCGCCAGUCAGACGCGAGUGCUGCGCCAGCGUCACGACUCGAACACACUUGAAUCGCAGCGCAGCUCUCUGACGAAUUCCGACUAGCAGCGACAAGUGGGUCGCAGGAGUUAGGAACUUACUCGUUAUUAAGGAUAUUUUCCGAAUUAGUAGGCUAGGGUGCAUAUUGGAUUGUUAUUGGCUUUAUAUCGCAUUAACCAGAAAUGUUAAACGGUUUCGAUUUCGAAGGAAGUCGUUACGGGCUUGUUUCCCUAGGCAAUCUCAUUUGAAAAGCGCUUCCGAUUAUACACGAAAAUAUUAUUAAUUGCAUUUUGCAUUCGAAUGGUAGGGAAACCCUAUUCGAUUUCUUUAAAGCGCAUUUUGAGUACCGUUUUUUCGGCAUUUAGCUUAAGUUUAAAGUAUUCGUAGAAGAGUUGAGUUUAUUAAAAAAUACGUGUAUUUGCCUAUCAUAUUGUACAUCGUCUUAUGUGGUAUUUAUUAAACGAUAUUGUAAAAUGUACGUCUAGCUAUAUGGUAUCCUGUUACAGAGCUGUUCCAAAUGUUCCGAUUUGUAUUUGUUUGCUAAACUGUUUAAUGCUGCAUGUUUUCUAACUGUUUUAACACUAUCGUAUUGAUGAUAUUUGGUGCCAACUGUUGUGAGCACUUCAAGUUCGCGAAUAAAGUUGUAAAAUAAUCAGAGUAAAA